AUGCUCCCCUGCAGUCGCAGGUUCAAGUCCCAGCUGUAUCAUCUCCCUAUUUGGCUGCAGAGGAGGAGGACUCGCAGAUUGAGGCGUCAUGGGACUCCUCUGAGGCUGCACAGGAGUCAACCGAGUCUGCAGCGGGUUCCUUUGAGGCGGAAGAAAUUUCGUACGAAGCUGCAGGAGGCAUCCAUUGAGGCUGCAGUUGAAUCUUCUGACAAGGACUUACAGGUGGAGUGUGAUGGGGUGAGCGUUUGCAGCAUUGUCGCCAGCAUGAUUAGCAUGGCGGACAGCAGCUGCAAUACGCUUCUCAGCAGCAGCUUCUGCAACGUGACGCGACUCUACAGCAGUCAAGAUUACGUGGACAACAGCAAAGCCUUACCCUGGGCAGCAGUGACCAGAGAGGCUGUCACUGCUGGUCACAGCAAGCUUAAGAAGUGCAACAAUGGUGACUUGGAGCGGGAACCCGACCAAGUCUUGAAGUCAGCAGCGACUACAGAGCUGGCUUCAAGCAAGCGCUCAGUCUCGAGAAUGGCGUUGGCUACCUUGAAGCUGCUGCCUACGCGCAUUCCCAAGCCUGGCAGCGCUCGUGCUCCUGCUUUGAAGGCCGUUGCUGCGAAUGAGAGGAAGGUGCUGCUUGGAUCUGUGUGUUCACGCAUUCCCAAACCCGGGAGCGCACGUGCUCCUGCUGUGAAGACCGUUGCAGUGGAGGAAAAGAAGGCUCUGCAUGGAUCUGUGUGCUCUGAGGAUGGUACGGGAUCCAAACAACAAACCAGGAGGCGACAGGAGAGAGUUGACAAUGUGAAGUCUGAGGGGAAGAAAGGCAAUGUGAGGGUGACAAGGGUGGCUGCAGUGAGGCCUCCCUGGCGGCCUUGA